UUGUGAUAAUUUAAUCAAAUUUUAUUUUAAGGGGAAAAUAUUUGUCCAAAUCCAUUUCAAGUUGGGCCGAGUCCUCCCCAGAAAGAAGUGAGGCCACAGAAAUCAAAAUCAGGGAAGGCAUAAAAUCAAGAUUUGGAGGAUUAAUACAUUUCCUUUUAUAUAAUUAACUUUUAAGAAAGUAAAAUUUAUUUAUACAAAAUAGAAAAGAGAGAGAGAAUCUUAUCAAAAAAAAGAAGCCCACCAGGUGUCACCAUCUGGGGUCCUUAGAGAGAAGAGAAAUACGCCUCCUUUUGGGUCCCUCCGUUUCUCAAGAAGGUGGGGCUGCCUGGCUGCUUCCUUAGGGUUUGUGCCUUUCUCUUCUCUAUUCCCCCCACUUUCCCCUUUUCCUUUUAAUACCAUCUCUGUUCCAUGUCCCACUCUUUUCUAAUAUCAUCAAAUCAAAGGCUAAAUUUCAAAUCCCACCCAGUCAACUACUUCUCUUAACUAUGAGAUAUUGUGGCUCUUUUUUUUAACACAACUUUUCCAUAAAAUCUCUCAUCUUUUUGAGCUAAUCCUGUUAAUAUAUAUGUUUUUGUGGCUUGUUUUGAUAGGCUAAACAUAUCUUGUUUGUUGUGUAAAAGAUGGAGUGCAAUCGAAAUCAAACGAUCGAGGAAAUCGACGAAAGCAUCAACAACAACACCGCCGUCAUCAUCAAUGAAGAACGCCAUCAAUCCAACAAUACAACACCCACUUUCUCAGCUUCUGACGCCACCGUAAUGGACCCCAACCAACCCAUGAAAGAAGAGGCCUUAACAGAUACGGAGCCGCAAGAAUUGGCUAACCCAACCCUGGUUCAAGUCGUGCCUGCUGCUCGAACCCAACGGUCUUUGGCCCCCAAACGCCCAUCAAAAGACCGUCACACAAAAGUCGAAGGCCGUGGCCGUAGGAUCCGCAUGCCUGCCGCUUGUGCUGCCAGGAUUUUUCAGCUCACUAGAGAACUGGGUCACAAGUCCGAUGGCGAAACGAUUAGGUGGUUAUUAGAGCAUGCCGAGCCAGCUAUUAUUGAAGCUACAGGCACUGGUACGGUCCCUGCUAUUGCUGUUUCCGUUAAUGGAACUCUCAAGAUACCAACUUCUUCAGGGAAACAAGAAGGCGAGUUGCCAAAAAAACGUAGGAGAAGACCCUCCAACAGUGAGUUCAUUGACGUUAAUGAGCAUCAAAGUUCGGUGUCUUCAGGAUUGGCACCCAUUGCUCCCAUGACCUGUAACAGUUUCAAUUUGAAUUCACAAGGGUUGGUUCCUAUAUGGCCUAUGGGUACUUUUAGCGUACUCCCUGCUGCACCUGGUUCAAACCAGGCACAGUUGUGGGCGAUUCCAGCAACUGCAACGCCGUUUUUUAACGUCACAGGUCGACCAAUAUCUAGCUUUGUGUCUGCUAUGCAACCAGAGGUGCAGGAUUCCAGCGUUGGGUCGAUGGGCUCAAGUGUUUUGCCCACUUCUAGUUCAGGUGCUACUAGUGUUAGUAACGGUAAUAAUAGUUCAAACCAUAGUACUACGCAGAUGCUUAGGGAAUUUUCUUUGGAGAUUCUCGAUAAGAGAGAGCUUCAAUUCUUGGGUCGUCCCGCAAACCAGCAAGCCCCAUGUUCGAAACCUUGAUCACAAACACUAGGUUAAGUUUCUUUGAUUUCGAUGAUACAGAGUAGAGUUGUUAGACUCAGGAAUUUUCUCUUUUUAUAUAUAUAUUUGUAGUAAAAAAAAUUGGGAAAAAAGUUCCAAACAUAAAAAGUUUAUCAAAAGAGUAUUUUUUUGGCCA